GGCACUCUAUCAAACACAAACUAACAACGAGAGAGAGAGAGAGAGAGGUGUGAGAGAUGGUGGGAAGGGACAUAGAGAAGAUGAUCGCAGUAGGCCUCGUUUGGGGAGCAACAAACGCCUUGAUGCGCCGCGGCACACUCAUCUGGGAUCAAACCCUGAAAAAUUCCCCUCCCCCAAACACGACCCACAACAGAUUCCUCUCCACCCUCCAGAAGUGGUUGAAUCUCCUCCUGAUUUGGCAGUACUCGGUCCCUUUCUUGCUGAAUCUAUCAGCCUCCGCUACUUUCUUCGCCAUUCUCAGCGACACCCCCAUUUCGCUGGCCGUUCCGGUGACCAAUGCGACGACGUUCGCCGCCACCGCCGUGUUCGGGAUGCUCUUGGGGGAGGAGACCCGUGUUGGGUCGGCUUUGUUUGGUACAUUUCUCAUUGUUCUUGGUGUCUAUGUUUGUAUCAUGUAAUAAGCUUGUCUGUCAUUCUGUAACAAUGAUUUUUACUAAAUUUUGCUUGAUAAAUUUAAUUAGACCCUUGUACAUUUCUGUGUUGUAGACGCUCUGUUUGAUUGCUCUGAAAUUGAGGAGGAUAAUGGGUUUGGAAAUUUUUUAUUUUGGAUUUUAUGUUGAGCUUUUUUGGUACAUUACUCAUU